GUUGUUUAUUUAUGAAGACCAAUCCCCCGUUAUCGUGGAUUUGUGCCGCAGGGGCGUGGUGGCGGUCUCGUCUCUAUGGGCUAUGGCCAUCACCGGAGCAACAAUGGACCUUCCAGACGCCGAAACCCAAUUUCUGCAACACGAUUCCGUUGAUGGUUCCGUCGAUUACAAGGGCCGACCUGCCAUCCGAUCCAGAUCGGGUCGCUGGAGAUCAGCUUAUUUCAUCAUAGGCGUGGAGAUGGCGGAGAGAUUUGCGUACUAUGGGAUAGGUUUGAACCUGAUAAGCUACCUGACUGGGCCGCUCGGCCAGUCCACGGCGACGGCGGCGGAGAAUGUGAAUGCUUGGACGGGAACGGCGUCGCUUUUGCCGCUAUUGGGAGCAUUUGUGGCCGACUCUUUUCUGGGUAGAUACCGGACCAUAAUAUCUGCCUCUGUGCUAUAUAUCCUGGGCUUGGGCUUCCUAACCCUAUCAGCCGUACUUCAUUCCAAGUCGUCAAACUGCCAAGAUGCUACAAAUAAUGACACAUGUUCUCCUCCACAGUUUGAAAUUAUCUUCUUUUUCUUUUCUCUGUAUCUCGUGGGACUAGCUCAAGGUGGGCACAAACCUUGUGUGCAAGCUUUUGGAGCCGACCAAUUUGAUACACAAGACCCACAAGAGAAUAAAGCCAAAAGCUCGUUCUUCAACUGGUGGUAUUUUGGGAUGAACUUUGGAAUUUUUGUGGCACUCUUGGUUUUGACCUAUGUACAGGACUACCUUAGUUGGGGUCUUGGGUUUGGAAUACCUUGUGUUAUUAUGGGUAUUGCACUUAUUGUUUUCUUAUUUGGGACAAUCACCUACCGGUUUCAAAAAGACAAUGAUAAUAGAAAUCCAUUUGUGAGAAUUGGACGUGUGUUUAUUUAUGCUGCUAAGAAUCACAAAACUAGCACAGCAGAAAUAUCAAUGGAGCUAGAGGUUCAAGGCAUUCUACCAAAUAAAGGAUCUCAACAAUUCAUGUUCCUUAACAAAGCACUGCUUGCUCCCGAUGGUUCAAAGGAAGAUAGGAAAACUUGUACAAUUGAUGAGGUUAAUGAGGCAAAGGCAAUUCUCAGACUGGUUCCAAUAUGGGUGACAUGUUUGGGAUAUGCUCUAGUGUUUGCACAGACAUCUACUUUGUUCACCAAGCAAGGAGCUACAAUGGAUAGAUCUAUUGGUUCAAUUCUUGAAGUACCAGCUGCCUCAUUACAAUGUAUCAUCUGCUUUUCAAUUCUUGUCGUUAUGCCUAUAUACGACCGUAUUUUGGUUCCUAUUACUCGAGCAAUAACCCGGAGACCCUCAGGGAUAACAAUGCUUCAAAGAAUUGGAACGGGAUUAGUUUUUUCUAUACUGGCCAUGGUGAUUGCAGCUGUAGUUGAGAAGAAACGUCUUCAAACUGCUUUAGACUACGGGCUGGUUGACUCGCCAGAGGUAACACUUCCCAUUCACGUAUUCUGGUUAAUACCACAGUAUAUAUUGGUUGGCAUUUCUGAAGCAUUCAGCAUGGUCGGUCUGCAAGAGUUCUUCUAUGAUCAAAUGCCUAGCGAGUUGAAAAGCGUAGGCCUUUCUUUGUACCUCAGUAUCUUUGGCAUUGGGAGCUUCUUAAGCAGCUUUCUGAUUUCUAUUAUUGACCAUGCCACUGGUGGAGAUGGGCAAGACAGUUGGUUCUCAGAUAACUUGAACCGGGGGCAUCUCGACUACUUCUAUUGGCUUGUUGCAGGACUUAGUAUGGUAGCAUUCGUUGCAUACUUGUACUUCUCAAGAUUGUACAUCUACAAUAAGGCAAAUGUUGCUUGAAAUGCAUUGGAUUGAUCAUUUAUGUUGAUUAGGAAUAAAUAUGUAUAUUACAGUA